GAUUAGUCUUCAGUGUGAAGUGUGACGUGUUACAGAUAACGACGAGGGAGGGGGUAAAUUCGUAAUAUUACGAACAAACACAAAGAUGAGCGAUCUGUACCGUCCAUUCAUCCCACGUCAGCAAUCUUCGUCUCAUGGAAAUCCGGCUCGGAUUCGUUUAUGAUUCACCUUCUCUCUUAAGAUCUGUGUUUCUUUCUUCAUCCCUCUUUCCACUUUCAUAAUCUCUGUUUUUUUUUUCUUUUGCAAUCGUAACAAAGGAAAAAGCUAGGGUUUUCAAUCGCACAAGCUCUUACUUCCAAUUAACGGUUUGAUUGUUUCACGAAACAGCUUCUUUCAUCUCACCGUGGAUUAGGUUUAUAAAGUUAUGGAUGAGAUCUGGGAGAAAGCCGUGGAAACGGCGUUAGCGGGGGAAACGGAGCCGGAGACAACUCGUGUCCUCACUCUCGACGGUGCAGUGAAGUGCGUCAACGGACACUUGCCACGUCCCGAGAUUCUCGAGAAGUAUCCGAACCUGGAGCACUUAUCUAUAGCUAGCAUCGGAGUUUCUUCGCUUGAUCGGUUCCCUCGGCUUGGGAAGUUACAGAAGCUCGUCUUAUCUGACAACAGAAUCUCUGGUGGGCUUGAGUUUUUAGUUCAGGCGGGCUUGGGCUCGCUGCGUGACCUUGAUUUAUCGAAUAAUAGGAUUGGGUUGUUUGAGGAUUUGUUGCCGUUAGCUGAGUUGAAGCUUGUGUCGCUUGAUUUGUACAAGUGCCCUGUGACGCGGAUGAAGGAUUAUCGGGCUAGGGUUUUCGGGUUGGUUAAGUCUUUGAAGUAUUUGGAUAAGAUGGAUGCUGAGGAGAAUGAAAUUCCAGAGUCCGAGGAUGAGGAUAAUGAUAAUGAUAAUGAUAAUGAUAAUGAUGAUGAUGACGACGAGGAGGAGGAGGAGGAUGGAGAUGAUGGUGAGGAGAGGUCAAAUGGGAUUAGCAAUGGACAUAGUGAAAGGGUUGAUGAAGAAGAGAGUGAAGCUGAUGAGGAUGGAGAUGAUGGUGAGGAGAGGUUAAAUGUGAUUAGCAAUGGACAUAGUGAAAGGGUCGUGGAGGUUGAUGAAGAAGAGAGUGAAGCUGAUGAGGAUGGAGAUGAUAAUGGUGAGGAGAGGCCAAAUGUGGUGAGCAAUGGGCACAAUGAAGGGGUUGUGGAGGUUGAUGAAGAAGAGAGUGAAACUGAUGAGGAAGAGACAGCGACGAAUGGGGUGAGUGACCAUGCGAAUGGGUUACGAGAUACACAUAUGAAUAUGGACGAAGAAGUAGAUGAUGAUGACGAUGAUAGUGACGAAGGAGAUGAUUAUGAUUCGGAUGGUUUAAUUGUUGAUGAUACACAUGAUAUUGAGGAGGAAGAGGAGAGCGAGGCCGAGGAAGAGAUGCUGCAAAGAGACAUACGUGGAGAGCUUGAUGACCGUGAGGAAGUGGCUGAAGCGGGAAGGCAACCGGAUUGGGUGAACGAUUUUGUUGCAAACGGAGCUCAAGAUGUUCUUAUGGAUAUUGGCAGAGAAGAAAAUGACGACACUGAUGGGGAAGAUGAUGAUUAUGCACCCGAUGGUUUGAUUGUUGAUGAUACGCAUGAAAUGGAGGAGGAAGAUGUGGGCGAAGGCGAGGGCGUGGAGGAGGUGGAUCUUGGUGUGCAACAUGGGAAUGAGUUGCUGAGGAACAUCUUGAUUGGAGAGAUUCAGCAUGAGCAAGACGAGGAUGAUGACGAGAGCUUGGAAGAAGAAGACGAAGACGCCAUUGAGGAUGGUGAAGAAGAAGAGGAGUAUGGAACAGGAGGCCUAGGUCAAUCCGUGGCAGAAGCAGUCCAAGUAGAUGAGGAAGAGUCAGACGAUGAAGUGCAGGCUGUGUAUUCAAUCGCAUCAUCUAACCUUAAGAGGAAGAGAGAUGAGGCUGAUGAUGGAGAUCCUGUUUCCCCUUCUUCAGACAACAGUGAUGAUGAUGGUUCUUCAGGUGAUGAUGUUCCAAGUGACGAGGAUGAGUAGUUUGUGUUGAUGUUUGGUUAGGAUAUAGUUUUUGAAAGUCAGUUGAAGAAACAGAAAAAAACAUGUGAGUUUUGGCGCUAAUGUUCUGAAUAUGGUGAAGCAAGACGUUGGGAUUUUAAAUGGCAGUUAGGAAGUCUUGUUCUUUUGCCGCCUCCAUUCACUCUUCAACUAACUUGAAAGGCCAAUUUGGCGAUAAUUUAUGGUUUUUUAAAAAAAAUUUAUAGACGAAAGCAAAAAGAUUAUUGUAGCGUGGGAUUGGAUAUGGUAAAGCUUUACUAUGCAAGCACGUGGGAAGAUGUCAUGCUCUUUUAAGUUUAGAGUAAUCGGACGGACGGUGUAUGUCAAACAGAUCCUCUUCUCAUAAAAGUGUGCCUGCUUGAGUAUACAUACGUGUGGGCAUCAGAUCAUCACAAAACCACAUCUGAAACAAUAAAAAGAACAUUAGGCUUAUGAAAAGAAUCUACUUACCCAAGAACCUAACCUAUCUUAUCCUUCCCGAGGGAUGGUAUGAGACGUUGAUUUACAGUUUCACUUUGAGGUUUUGAAAUGUUCAUUCUAUGGUUUAAGAUGGUCGAUGAUCAGAUGGUUUAAGGAGCUUAAGGAAGAGUGAGUGAUUUGAUCGGAGCUGGUUUGCUUGAAAGCGUCCGGUCUUCAUCUUCUUGUAAACAGACAGUGAAGAACAUAUAAUCUUUGUCCAAAAGAAAAUAAGAGAACAGUGAAGAACAUAAAAUCACUAUGCGUUGUUCAGUCAAAAAAAAGAAAGAAUCAAUCCGUAUUGAUUAGAUUUCCGAGCAGCUACAGAAAUUUGAUCAUGGGCAUUGUACUAGCCCAUUUAUAAUUAUGGGCCGUUAUAAAAAAUCAGCAAAUAAAAUAGACGAUUUAUCUAGAAGGUGUGAGACCCAAAUAUUUAUCCCAUAG